UACGGUAUAUGUGAUGGUACUGUCAGAGUUUGGAACACAGAAACAUUAAAAUGCGCUUAUCUAAUCCAAUCAUGUCACGACGUCGGUGACAUCUUUUCUGUCGUCUGUUCUGACACCACCAAAAAAAUCUAUUUCGGUAGCCAAAACACCAGCAUUCAAUGGUACGAUUUCGCCGAUCCACAAACACACGGCUCCAAUACAGAUAUUUCAAUCGUUCCCAAUUCACCUCGUAAAGUUGGAACCAUCAAUUUCUUCGAGGAUAGGGAAGGUCAUGACGAGGAGGAUCGAUUACAAGCCGAAUCAGACAGAGAUGUGAUUAAAUGUGUUAUCCGCGAAAAAAAAACGUAUGCAGUAAUGCACAUGACAGUUAUUUAUAUUGUUUAUUGCAUGCAAAGGAUAUUCCCAACAUGGAAGGUGAAGUCCUUAGCAGUGGUUCCGGUGAUGGCGAUGUCAAGAUUUGGGCUAUCCAACCCGACGGCAUCAAAUUAAUUCACAUAUUAAAGGGUAACGCAGACAAGGGAGUGUUAUGUCUAGCAUUAUCAGAGGAUGGUUAUCUGUUCUGUGGUGUUUAAGGUGGCGAUGUUCAAAUUUGGGAUUUAGAGACGCAUCAAAUGAUUCAAUAUGUCAUGGCUCAUACGGAUGAUGUAUUGGCCGUAUCUAUCAAAGGUCCUGGAUGUGUGAGUGCUUCGGCUGAUGGAUCCAUCAAGAUCUGGGGUGAAGGAUUUCUAUUUAGAGAAAGUUCAUGUGACCAUGAAGGCAUUGUCUUGUCCUUGACUACGUCUGGAAAUUAUU